AUGUUCCUCGCCGGCGCCCCGAUGGAGCCCACGGAGACGGCGAUGCCGAAGGAGCUUGGUUGGGUCAUGGUGCCCAACCUCGGAGGCCUCGCCGGCUACUACAUCGUGUGGAGGAAGCACGACAACUUGCCGGCCAGAUGCCGCGUGGCCCGGCCGUUGCCGUUGUCCUUUCCGAGCGCCGUGGGCCAGGUGGUUUUGUGGACCGUCUUCAACUCGACCAUGGGCUACGCGGCGUUCCUGGCCUUUCGCGACGGUGGGGGCCUGCAGGGACCGGCCCGCCCGUCCGUCGUGCUGUUCGCGGCCAGCCUCGGCUACAACUGGGCCUGGCCUCCCCUCUUCUACCACUGCAAAUAUUACGCCCUAGCGAUGCUGGACAUCACCCUGCUCUGUGGCAGCGUUGUGAUGCUCGGCCACGCUUACCUGCCCAUCAACAGGCACGCAUCCAAGCUCAUGGCGCCAUGCUUCCUGUGGACAUUCACUGCCGCCCUGUUCAACUACAGCGUCUGGAGAUGCAAAAAACACUACUGCUCAUUUUAG